UGUUCAGCAGUGUGAAAACUUAAGCGAUUAAUAACAGAAUUCCAAUUAUUCCCAAUUAUGUCUAAACUUAAGAGUUUAUCUGUUUGUGAUUGUCCAGAGUUAACAGAAUUAACUGAAUUAAAAGUCGAUAGUCUUAUCGAGCUCAAGUGUUCGAAUACUUCAAUUAAGAAAUUAAGUUUUAAAUUUUGUCCGAAUAUCAUGAAACUCGAUUGUCUUAUAAGGAGGCGUUCUUAUAUAUAUAGAGUGAUUAUGUGGAGGUUUGACUGUAUUCAUGCUUUUGG